UACAUUGCAGACAGGACUGGGGAGGGGAACCCAAGAGAGCAGAAACCAAUGAAACAAUUCACUUCUCGGAUCCAUUAGUUUGAGAGAGGUACGCAGCAAUAGGAAAACAUUGCCUGAAGUCUCAGAAAAUGUGGGAGCAGACAAGAGCUCCAGCUAGGCCGUCCCAGGGACUGUUGGUUAAAUCAGCCUCCAUGUACUCUGAAAGGCACAGCAAUCCCUCGGAGAUCAGAAGCCUCAUGGCUGAACCUGAUUACUUUGAUGAUAAUCCCGAGCUCAUCAGGCCCAAGAAGCUUCUCAAUCCAGUCAAAGCCUCUAGGAGUCACCAAGAACUGCAUCGAGAACUCCUCAUGAACCAGAAACGAGGUUUGGGUUCUGAAAACAAGCCAGAGCUGCAGAGGGUGCUGGAAUACCGGCGGAGAGAUCAGCUGAUUCGACAGAGAAAGGAGGAAGAGGAGGCAAGGAAAAUCAAAUCUCCUUUUGAACUUCAGCUUCAAAAAAGACAGCAAAGAUUAGAGCAGUUGGAACGAGAACAAGAGAGGAGUGGAGAGGAACAAGAGAAUGCUCCUGAAUUUAUCAAAGUCAAAGAAAAUUUACGGAAAACCUCCACUUUCAGUACAGAACAGAAAGCUGGUUAAUGCUGCGCCUUCCUGCCUCAACUGAAUUUAACUGGUUGGUUAAACUUGGCACCAGUUCUACUUGACUCAUUUGCUAUGCGAUCAUUGUAGAGUUCAUUUAAUGUUCUUGUCUUACUUCAGAGAAUAAUGAAAUAUGAAAUGUUUAUUCUGCUGUGAAUGGAUGGCCAGCCUUUUUGGAUAUAAAGAAUGUUGUUUCCAUUCACUCACCAAAUCUGGUUAUUUGGUGAACACACUAGAGUACUGUCUAUGGUGAAGAUAGCAGUUUGAAGAAAGACGAACAGUUAGUGUCCACUGACACUAGAUGAAGCUGGAAGGUGAUAUGCUAAAGCAGAGUUUGAGUGAUCAUCAACACUAUAAAUCCAUUACACACUGCUAAAACUGAUGAUAUGAUCUGCAUUGAGUUAAUUAUGUUCUUGCAAACAUUGCAUAAUUUUUAUGCAAAGGUCCUUCCAUCUAAAUAACAUCAACUGAUUUUUUGCAGUAGUGAUUCUUAAUUGUUUAAUGAGAACAUAAUAGAGUGUUCCCUUUGACAGGAUGGCAUAGUGAGACAUAUUACAAUAUUGGGUUUUGUAUCAUCAAACCAAGUUUUUGUGCCUGCAUUUGACCAGAUUUUCAAUGACUCAUGUGUCUUGGUUUAUUGAUACAAUUAUAUUUGAAUUAAAAGGUUAUGACUAGAAGAUUACAUCAUUGUAAAUGCUGCAUAUAUAUUUUACUAUUAAUCUUGAGUUCCUGAUCAACAGUAAGAUAAAUGAUAGUAGUAGUAUUUUAUGGAUAAAUCCUUGUAUAGAUACACACAUAUACAGCCUUCAGCUAAAUUCACAAGAAUCUGCCGGGAAGAUUCAGAGCUGUAAGCUGCUGAUUUUUAGCAAUUGAAUUUAGAUAAAAGAACACCUUGUAUUUUGGAAAUAUAUACCAUGUUUCUCAGUGGGAUAAUUGUCUAUACACGUGGGUUGAGUAAUGACUGGGGUCUGCACAAUUAUAACUUUUACAGCAAACAGAGUAACAAUUGACCUAAACACUUUAGAAAUCUGUAAGUAUCUUCCAGACAAUAUUUUAAAUUCUGUACUAAUCUUAUUAAGACAUUACUGUAGUAAGUUAUUAGCUUGGUACUUUUCUUUAAUGCUUCAUUACUUUAUUCAGUCUUCAGAAAUCACGAAAUGUAACCUGACAGAGCAUGUAGAAUUUCAUGGACAUAGCACAAGAAAUAAAGUGACUACUGGUUUAAGGUCAAACUUAUUUUUUUAAGAAGUGCUCAUGUGGUUAAUUGGUGCAGUAUUUUUAUAUGUUUCAUGUUAUUUCACUUAUAUAUUUCACAAUACUAAUAUAAGUUUUGGUAUUUAGUCUUGAGGUCAUGGAUACAAUGCUUACUGUAAAAAAAAAACCUUAAUUGGUUAUGAAUGUAACUCUGAAAUCACUUAAAGUAUAUUUGAAUUUGGGCUGCUGUUAGCUUUGCUCUCUGUGUAUUAGAUUCACAGUAUAUAAAUUUGAAAUGUUUUCUUGCAUUUUACUUGAACACGGUUGUGAAAAAGUACAGUUUGGCUAACACUGUUUAAAUGACAGUUAGUAUUGUUUAUAAUGGUAAUAGUUAUCUGUAUAUGUUUGCAAAUAUUGCCUUUGAGAUGUUACUGAAUAGGUAUUGACUGUUGGGUAAGUUUUAUACCUAUCACAUCACUACACUAAACCAUAGUCUGAUAAAAUAUAUCAAGCACCACUAAUUAUGGAAUGGAUUUUAUUUUUCUCACUGCUCCUUUUUUGGGGAUUUAUUACUUUUCUGUGUAUAAAAUGUGUAUCAAAUUCACGUCACCAUGAAUGUGGUUAUAGUUACUCAGUUCAAUUAAUAAUUACAGGAAAAAAACUGUUACAUUCAGCUGUACUGACACCAUCUCU